AUGUUCUCCCGAUCCAAGCCAAAACUACCUGAAGCGAUAACCCGCUGUUACCAGCUUAAGGUUAUCCACAAUGCCCUCGGCAAGCGCAUCCGCAUCCCAUCGUCCGAGCUCGCGGGGCUCGACAUCCGGCGUGAAGUCAUGGAUCUUAAGGACAAUGGACCACAUUUCUUUGCCCCGUAUAGAGACGUUAUUCUCAAGCCACGAUAUGACGAUAGCGACGAUGAGAUCGACGACGAAAGUGAUGACAAAAGUGACAACAAGGGCGACGACAAAAGCGACGACCAAAGCAACGACAAAAGCGACGACCAAAGCAACGACAAAAGCGACGACAAAAGCGACGACAAAAGCGACGACAAGAGCAACGACAAGAGCAACGACGAAAGCAACGACAGAAGCGACGACAAGAGCAACGACGAAAGCGACUACUAUUUCAACUGGGACGAAAUCAUUGGUGAAAAGCCCUUCUGGAACGCGCACGCCCUCGCAGGAUAUCUCAGCGGUUACGCCGGGAACUGCGAACUACCAAAUGAGGAUGUAAGCCCUGAAGGUAUUUGCUAUGCCGAUUGGGGCGACUACGGCUUCGGCGACCUCGUUGAUCUCACGGACGGCUCCCAGUGGCAGCUAAAGACAGCGUGGUACAUGCUCGAUGAAACAGCGCCGCACAUUGUCGCCAUCCUGAUUAGCGAAAUGGCGCUGACGGCCGAGGACGGAACCCCGCUGUUCGCUGACCCCGACGACGUCCCGCUCUUCCACGGCGAGAUCAAGACGGCGAUUUGCAUCACGCGCGCGCGGUUGUGCACGACUUCUCUGCAUAUGAAUGUUAAUGCGCCGGUUUUGAUAUUCUCCUCUAUUGGCGAACACCAUGUUCGAGUCAUUGAGGCGUACCAUGACGGGCAUGGGCUUGUUAUGCGUGUUACCAGGCCGUUUGAUAUGGAGAAGCGGAAUGAUGCGUUGCUCCUUCUGCUGUUGAGGUGGAUGCUUGGUGGUGCUAGUGACAAGUCAACGAAGCUUUGCUGA